AUGGCCUCAUCCGAAAGCGAAGAUGAUGAGGAUGAUCUUGACCUUGAUCCUCCCAACCCGCAGCCUCGUGCCCGUGCCCGUGCCAAAUCGCCCCCGUUGAAAAUAAUGCGACGCAGCUCAACUCCUGAAGUUCUGGACCUGACCUUAUCUCCUCCGACCGCUGCCUACUCGUCUGAUGCAUCAACAUCUGCCCCUAUCAAACGACGGAACAAGCGCAAAGCCUCCCCGCCUGGGCCUCAGCGUCUAGACUGGGAUGAUGAUGGCAUUGAUGGAGAAGAUGAUUUCGAGAAAUAUGAAACAUUCAAAGCUGGUGCUCGGAAACGAGCCCAGCAAUCGGCUAUAAGAGCACGAAAGCUCGAUCAAAAGAAUAAUCCUCCUCCCCGGUCGAGAACGGCCGGCGCCACCACUGGUGUCGGCCGCCAGUCCAAUCGCCAAAAACGCAGCAAGCUACGUGAGUAUGGGGAUGAGUCUAACCCCGACGAAGAUUUAAUGGAAUGGACCACACCGGCGUAUUUUCGAGAUCGGAGAGCUCGCUUUGACUCAAGAACGGAGAAAUUGAAACAAGGCGGUCUAUUGUUACCGCCAUCCUACAGUGACAUUGAAUUUUCCGAUGAUGAAAACCUCCAGGCUUUGGCAGAAAGGCCCGACUUUCCUCCGUCCACUGCGACCAAUGAGUACAAGAACAUUGAAUUACCAUACUCUUUGGGACUCAUUCCCGCCUCCAUUGCCCAAUUUCUCCGAGGCUACCAGAUUGCAGGUACUUCAUUCCUUCAUGAACUGUUCGUCUAUCAGAAAGGUGGCAUUCUAGGCGAUGACAUGGGCUUAGGCAAGACAGUUCAAGUGAUUGCAUUCUUGACUGCGGCCUAUGGCAAGACCGGCGAUGAAAGAGACCACAAAAGAAUGAGAAAAAUGCGCAAAGCGCAAAAGUGGUAUCCGAGAACUUUGAUUAUUUGUCCAGGUACUCUAAUGGAGAAUUGGAGAGAUGAAUUCCGUCGUUGGGGCUGGUGGCAUACUGACCUCUACCACGGAGGUGUGCGCCAAAGAAGUGAAGUUUUCGAAAUAGCCCGAGCCGGUAUGCUUGAGGUCAUGAUCACCACCUACCAUACAUAUCGAGCCAAUAUCAACGAAAUCAACAUGAUUCAAUGGGAUUGUGUGAUUGCGGACGAAUGCCACACCGUCAAAGAAAGACGAUCGGACACCAGCAAAGCCAUGAACGAUCUUAAUGCAUUGUGCCGGAUUGGCUUAACCGGAACUGCGAUACAAAACAAGUAUGAAGAGCUCUGGACGCUUCUCAACUGGACUAAUCCAGGCAAACUGGGUCCGAUUUCCACUUGGAAGACAUCUGUGUGUGAGCCCCUGAAGCUAGGUCAGAGUCACGAUGCCACCAACUAUCAACUGGCCCGGGCAAGAAAGACAGCCAAACUGCUCAGGGACAAUCUUCUACCACAGUUCUUCUUGAGAAGAACCAAGGAAAUCAUCAAACAUCAGCUGCCCAAGAAAUCUGAUCGAGUCGUCUUUUGCCCUCUGACUCCCACCCAAGCGGAAGCAUAUCAGAAUUAUCUCGAUAGCGAGGUGGUUGACUAUAUCAAGAACAAUAAUGAUCCCUGUAUGUGCGGGUCGGGCAAGAAGGCUGGGUGGUGCUGUCGUGUCCUUCUCUCUGACGGGACACCAUGGCAGUCGAUGGUAUUUCCUGCAAUGGCGAAUCUUCACCACCUGUCAAAUCAUCUCGCCCUCUUGAUCCCUCAAAGCAGUGACAACAACGACAAGCAAGCAAAGGACCUAGAGGUGCUCCAAAUAAUCAUGCCUGGGCGGUGGAAAGAGAUCUAUCGGAACCGAGAUAGCAUCAUGCAUACUGGAAAUCCCGAGUUCUGCGGCAAAUGGCGAGUGCUGAGAAAAUUACUCAGCUUUUGGCAUGAUCAAGGCGAGAACAAGGUGUUGAUCUUUUCUCAUAGUGUUCGGCUGCUGAAAAUGCUCCAGAACCUCUUCAUCAGUACGAAAUACAAUGUCAAAUAUCUCGACGGGAGUAUGCAGUACGAAGAACGAUACGCUGCCGUUCAGGAGUUCAACACCGACUCAACACAAUUUGUGUUCUUGAUCAGUACAAAAGCUGGGGGGGUGGGAUUGAACAUCACGUCAGCUAACAAGGUUGUAGUGGUCGAUCCGAACUGGAAUCCCAGCUAUGAUCUUCAGGCCCAGGAUCGUGCAUAUCGGAUUGGACAGACUCGAGAUGUAGAGGUAUUCCGACUGAUCAGCCAAGGAACACUAGAGGAAAUCAUAUAUGCCCGACAGAUCUACAAGCAGCAGCAAGCCAACAUCGGCUACAGUGCUACCACAGAGCGACGGUACUUUCAAGGCGUUCAAGGGCGAAAGGAUCAGAAAGGAGAAAUAUUUGGGCUCAAAAAUAUGUUUGCGUACCAGAACGAGCACACAGUGCUUCGUGACAUUGUCAACAAAACAAACAUUGCCGAGUCUCGAGCAGACAUCAAAGUCGCACUCCUUGAACUCGAUGGAGAGGAGGCAGAUUCCAAUCAAGUCAAGGAUGAAGACGACAUCACCAACAGGAUCAAACGGGAACCAGAAACCGAAAACGCAGCCAUGUCACAGCUUGCCGCAGAAAUUACCGGCGAGGCUGAUAAGGUCCGUACACGGAGUAAGACUCCGUUUCGACACGAUGGAAAGGUGGCAGGGAAACACGAUCCCGUCCAAGCGAUCCUAUCGAGUGCUGGGGUGUCCUACACCCACGAGAACAGUGAGGUGGUAGGGCCGAGCAAGGUCGAAGCUCUGCUUUCCAAACGUGCUGAAGAAUAUGCCGAGGGGCGGUAUGAUGGCGGGACACAAGAACAGCUCUCCAAAGUCUUUGAGGAUGAUUCACACGGACAUGACCAGCUUGAAGCUUAUACCCAUUCAGGGGAGUUUAGUGGCAUUACAACUCCCGGUGGCGAGAUUCGAUACAAGUACCGACCCCCAGAAGCCGUGAUGAAGAGACAAUUCUGUAGUAUGGCAGAUUGGGCAGGGUAUGGAGACGAUGUCGUGGCAUUUGCUCUGGUCGUUGAGAGCUGGACCCAGGCGCAGAGGAGAGAGUGUCUUGAGCGGUUCUAUCGUUUCAGACGCGAUGUUCUGGAGGAACUUGCUGUGGGUGGCGCAGAGGUGGCCGCUCCAAGAGUGUCGUCAAGCGACAUUAAAUCAGAACCCCAAUCACGGAUCAAAUCAGAGUGGAAAUCUGAGGGCGAGGACGUCAAAAAGUUCAAGGCUGAGACACAUGCUGCGUCAAGCCCUGAGGUCAAGACGGAAGUAAAGGUGGAGGACACUAAAUUAGUUGUGAAGAACGAGAGUGAUGUGGAAACGGUGAGCGAGGAUGAGGAUGACGAACUAUGA